AUGGUCAAAUCGAAGCAGCAGAGAUUCAGAUGCAUUGUCUACCCAUUCAAGCAAAAGCUGACCAUAUCCACAGCUUCCUUGAUCAUAGUCAUUAUCUGGGUUCUGGCCAUAUCCAUCAUGUGUCCCUCUGGGGUGAUGCUACAAGUGACCAAGGAGCAAACCAUUCGGGUGUUACUGGGCUACGACAACAAAACAGGCCCAUUUUAUUGGUGCAGAGAGAACUGGCCAAACCAGGAGAUGAGGAAGAUUUACACCACUGUCCUGUUUGCAAAUAUCUAUCUUGCUCCCCUUUCCCUCAUCGUAAUCAUGUACGCCAGGAUCGGCAUUACGCUUUUCAAAACAACAGUUCCAACAGGAGCAAAGCCGGGCCAUGACAACCGCCACACUGUGUCAAAGAAAAAGCAAAGGGUGAUUAAAAUGCUUCUAAUAGUUGCUUUGCUUUUCAUCCUUUCCUGGCUGCCUCUGUGGACCCUCAUGAUGCUGAGCGACUAUGCCAGUCUGACUGAGCAGCAGUACAGAAUCAUCAACAUUUACAUUUACCCCUUUGCCCACUGGUUAGCCUUCUUCAACAGCAGUGUCAACCCCAUCAUCUACGGUUUUUUCAAUGAAAAUUUCCGUAGAGGGUUUCAAGCUGUGUUCAAGUUCAGCCUGUGCACGGCGGAUGGACAGCGGAGGAAACCCUACUCACACAGGCUGCAGGGAAACUCUGUGCUCCCAGCUAAUAAUGCACAAACCACCCUUGAGCCUAUUUCUCUCAAUAGCCUAGAUAAGAACACCUCUAAGCAACUCAACCACAUUGCUGAACAAGACUUGGUCAUGGAGGACCUGGAGAAGGCAUCUUGCAGCAGUGGGGGUGUGACUGCAGUGUCUAUUUAAGGAGCCACAAACAGACAUUCUUGUAGGUGAUAGGCAAAGGUGUUCAUAUUUCAAGAAAAUUGCCCUCAUCAUUCAAAUCCAUGUCAUCCACUGAGCCUAAGUAAACUCCAAGGCCCACCUCAGCAGGCUUUAGAAGAUGACAAUUUGUCUGAGGCAAUUUCAAUGCUGUCAAAAUAUAAAGCAGUGAUUUAUCUUUUUGACUGUCAUACACCACUUCAUAACAAUUAAUGUAGCAAGCUACGUCACAGUGCUACUGAAACAAAUCCAUUUAAAUUACCAGUUUGAAAGAGAAUAUUCAUUUUGGUUGUUCAUCUUUACUUAUCACCUUCAAUGCACAUAAUGUAUGUUGCACAUAUUGUGCCAUGCUAAAAAAUGGAACGGGCUGUGCUGUUGGAACUGUAGUUUUCAACAGGGAAAACAAAUCUUGUUGGCCAGUGAAUAAUUAAUCAAUUAGGAUCGGUGGAUACUGUAUUGAUAACAGGCUACUGUCCUGCUCUAUGAGAUACUUUUUAAAACAUAUAUGUAUGUACUGUGAUGUUUGCAGAGCAGAUUUCAAAUUAAAAUCACUUAGACAAAUAUAUAUAUCAGAUGUAACAAACUUCUAUGUUGUGUCUUGUCAGUAUUGUUUGCAGCUAAUUUCAAACCUUGAAUUAAGUCAUGCAAUUUCUAACGCAGAUUUUUUUUUUUUUAAAGUGCCGUACACAUUUUUCACGAAGGUUUAAAACUCAAAAGUUCAAACAUCAAAUCGAAGAACUUUGAAGUAACACUCUUUCAGGUAUCUUUGAUCAUGAUCAGACAUUAAAUGGUUUUUACACCCACAACUGUAUGGAUGAGAAAACAAAACUCUACAGAGAGAUGCUGAACUUAAGCAACCGAUCAAGGCUUUUAUCUAGCUAGAUCAUCUUCACAGUACCAUGUCCUAUGUAUACAAAGAAUAAGCCCACCUUCACUCAGUACUGAAAUCCCAUUAAAAAAAACAUUGUUUGAAGAUGAUAAGAAUGAACCCUGAAUGAGGCUUGCCAAGUCAAUUACUGGACAGCUUUUCAUAGCUACUUAUGUGGCGAUACUGCAUCAAACAUGUACGCACUUGAAUUGCUUAAUUUUAGGAGUGACUUCACAAAUGAUCACAAACUUGCUUUAUCCACUUUAACUUGUUUUAAAUGUGAGGAAAUGUACCAGUCUAGUAAAGACAGGUUGGCCAGCCACUAUCCUUUCAUUGCCUAGGUUUAAUAGCUGCAGUCUUUAGGUUUUCUGUAUGUAUUAUAGGAUAAAGUGGUAUAUAGAAGGCAAAUUUUAACACCAUAACAAAGAUUAACAUUCAACAAUUACAGCACAUGAGACUUUGACAGCAUAUCAAUGCCCAAAACUCAUUAUACUGAUUCAUGAGUUAAUUAGCCAUUAAAAGUAUAUUUUUAUUUAAUGACAAAGCAGACAUGAAUAUUAAGCAGGACACCAGGCCUGUCUAACAACAAAUAAAAAGAGCCAAUUCUGCAGGUGCCACACAUAUUAGCACUGUUUAAUGCGUUUUUAUGGGACUUGAAAACCUUUUUCUACAGUGAGCCAGCUACUUACAAAAUAUAUUUUUAUCCAGGCUUUUAAUCUGAAAUCUGCUCUAUAAACAUGAGCAUAAAAAAGAUUAUUUAUUCAUGAAACUCUCAUGAGCCUGUUCUGAAUGUGCCAUGUAAAUUUCAGAUAACAAAGUUUUAUAAUAAGUGUUUUGUUAUUAUUUUAUUUGUAUCUCUCUAACAGUCUUGUGCAGUAUUAUACAGUUAACCUGUACAGGAAAAACAGAGGGCCUGCAUUGGUCCCAAAACAUGUUUCGUUUGCUGUAAGUACAUGAGUCUAAAGCUUGUUAAAGCUAAAGUGAUAAUGUGAAUCUGUCUGUGUGAACUGACUAUUGCAUACAGGGUAUACUAAACAACCUUCGUUAUAUAUAUAGCUUUUCUCUAGCAUUUGCGAUGCAGUCAGAUGCUGUAUACAGUGGCUGCUUGUGUGAGGCGAGAAUGAUCACAAGCAUCACCAACACAGAGCUUCAACAGCAUAUUUUAGUUGUUUGAGUCGCUGACAGCAGUUCUGCUCUAAGACCACUGCCACUGCUGCCAUCAAAGGGAAGAAAAUAUGGCUCUGUCAGCCAUUAAUCUUGACAUGUUGUCUACUAAGAUUCACCAUCAUCCAGAUCACUGAAUAUCCACAACUAUAAUGUCAAAAGCAAGUCGACUUUGAUGGCGAAGACAUUUUGCCACUUACCUAAGUGGCUGCUACCCGUGACUGGUGGGGCCUCUGGAAUUUUAACCGGUGUGACACUUCGGUCUCACGUAAAGUCAAACAUGUAUAAGUUAAUGAAUGGUGAGUCUCAAGACAGUCUCUGCUUGUAAAAUGUGUGAAUUUCAAAAUACCACAGAGUUUGGUGAAAAGGGGGUGGUAAUGCUGCAGUGGAGACACAUGCCUUUGAUGUGAGCGAACCAGCUUCGAAUCCACUGUGAGACACCAAUGUGUCCGUGAGCAAGACACUUAACCCCUAGAUGCUUCAGAGGUGUGCGACCUCUGUCAUAAAUAGCAAUUGUAAGUCGCUUUGGAUAAAAGCGUCAGCUAAAUGAGUAAUGAACUGCUAUUUCUCUAAGGGACCUCCAAGAUGGCUCGAAAUGUGAUUACUAAGAUUUUUCUAACACCUGUUAAUGAUGAGCACAAAGAACAAGGGUGUGAGUACUGAAUAGAGACUCAUCCUGCGUGCAAUGUUAUUACAUCCAGCAGUGAGACAUAGAACUCUCUGGUGAAAAAGGUUCAUGUUUCCAUUUUGAGUAGGGCUGUGUGAUGUGUUAACACAUGUAGUAGGACCCUUUGUGACCCCGAUUUGACCCCUUUUGAAGAGUCAGUCCACAUCUCCUCAUUCAAUACUGCUACUGACUUGGGGUAAGUGCUGUUAUCUGUUAUACAUUCUGACAAUUUAUCUUCAUGUGAUUUUCUGGAUGACCGACCAUCUGGGAACUUUGUUCAUAUAUUCCGUUUAUAAUUGGAUGCAGUCCCUAAAGGCUACCAAACGUACUGAGUGCAUCUGUUAUGUUAUGAGUGUUAUGUUAUGCUACAACUCAUGGUUGGGGUUUGAUUUGAUUGAUUGAAUGUAGUUUGGUUUAUCUUUCUGAAAUAUGAAGUUAAGCUUAAGCCAAACUGCUUAAUGCAGUCAUUUAAAAAAAGAAGAAAAUCUUCUGUUUUGUUUUCUGCAGUUCUUCUGCAGCCGUUAUUUAAAGCAGCUAUUUGCUUCAAUGUAUUCCUGCCAAAGACGUCAGGGGUAUCUACAAUAAUUUAAAAGAACACUCAUGAUAGCAUUUGAAGCAUUGUUUGUGAGACAUUCAGCAUAAACAAUAUGUUAUGACACUUCAGUAUUGAAUGUAAUAUUUGUACUUUUUGGUGCCUGUGGUGAAAAAAAACUUUUUCUGCUUUUUUCAAACAAGUAUGGGUUAAAUACUGUGAACUUCUUUUUUAGAUUUAGAGAUUCUUUUAGAUUGGUACCUUUGUAUAGUCUGCAUGUGAAUAUCUUGUGUAUUAGCAUGUGUGUUUUUGUGUUUUAAAUGUUUAAAUUUUAAAGGUUUAUUUGUUAGGGCACAAAUGCCCAUUGAAGUUUUUACAGGAUGUGAUAUAGUAGGCUUUUAUAUAAAGUGUGGAAGUAAUUGGUGUCGUAUUUAAUUGUGAAGGGCUAUUCAUGACAUUAUCUAGUACCUCUUUGAUUGUUUGUACAGAAUACAACUGCAAGGUUUAGAGUCAAGGUUCUGAGUAUUAACAAAGGCUUGUCAAUGCCACUGCUUUGUGGCAUUAGUGGUAUGAUGACUUUUCUUUGCACAAAUGAACUAGAUACUAGAUUUAGAUUUAAAAUAAUGAAAACUGCUGUGCCUCUGGGAGAAAAAAAAAAUACCAUUAUGAAUUAAAAUGUCAUAUAGCAUAUUUUGCCUCAAAUGUCUAAUAGACUUUAGAUUUUGUGACAACAUUUACUUAAAUGGAUUUCAAAUAUUGAUUAUGUUUAAGUUUACACAUGGCAAUCCAACUGCUUGUGACAACAUAUGCUGUACUUUAGUGGGCAUUCAGAUCGAAACAGCCCUGUGUCAAAACACAGCAGGGGGCGGCGUUGGCAGGGGCAUGUUGGUAGGUACCAGUGAGACAAUGAAAUACAGUCCAGGAAGUCCAGUUGGAGUACCAGAUUAAUGCAUUUAAAGGCUUGCCCAAACAUUGGCACAAUGGUUUGUAUUACCCACAAUAAGGAAUGUUUUCACAGCGGCAACUAUUUUAUCUUUUGGCACCAUGUUCACAAAGUAAACAGUAGAAAUACUGUGUUGACAUACAAAGUUAUCAACAAGGAAUAUGUGCUUGCAUGUAUUUGACUGGCCAAUGCAAUGCCUUGUUGGCGGCCCUGCGUUGUUGUGCUGUAGCCUCCUGUGUUGGCAAACUGGCUCCAUUCAAAUGAAUGAGAGGGCUUUUUUUUUUUACGCAGGUCUCAAGUCAGUCUGAACAUGGCCUUGCAGUGAUUUGUAAUUAAAACUAAAACAUGAGUGGCCAUAAUGUAAGUACUGCACUGUACGUUCAUGUAACAGUUCAGAAUAGAUUAUCGCUUUUAUAAUGUGGCCAAUAACAUUACAAAAAGCUGUUUUCAGGCUCUCAUUCAUUUUUGUGUUUGUAGUUGGUUUAAUAUAGUUUCAUUAACGAGAGUAAAAUAGUAAUGUAGUGUGAGGAACCUUUGGUUGGGUAUCUACAAUUUAAUACAUCUUUCCCACUGAUUUAGACCAGUGGCUAAACCAUACACCAGUAUCAUAAAUGCACAAUUUAAAUGGGCACAACUAGACAGAAGUAUUUUCUAUUGUCCUAGUAAUAACACUUCAGGCGAUGCCCCAUGACAUGUCAACUGGAAUGUUAAUGGAAUAAUUCAACAGCCAAACCAAAACAACAUUUUAAUAAGAAAAAGGUCAGUUCUCAGAGAAUCACUUUGUUGUCAGUAAUUCACUGGGGUUGUUUGGAAGCGAAAUAGAAUAAAAUGUACCUGGUGACUCAUCCUCUGCCAAAUCCUCUUUGACAACCCAGUAGGUAGUAACUAAACUAAAUUUGCACUCUCAAAUAAUUUGAUAGCUUGGCAAAAGCAAAAUCAACACCCUAAUAUUUCUUGUAAAUUACAGUAGUUUUGCUAAGAAAUUCGGAUGAGACAAACAUGUUUGCUCUUUUACUGUGAUAAGGAUUUUUCUUUCAAGAUCUGUGAAACAGUGACUACUGCUCUAUUAUGUAAUUCAUACUGUUAUAUUUAACUUCAACAAAUACAGGGUUAUUCUUCAGUAUGUUUUAAUUAUUUUGUCUAUGAGAAAAGAUGCAAAUAUGUCAUCAACUCUAGGGGAAUAAGGCUGCUUGUGAAAUCGUUCACUUGUCACGGUCUUUGAAUUCAUGUUUGCACUGUAUCCUGUUGAGCAGUGAAAUUAGUACACGUUAAGUGCACUCAAACUAUCUCAUAGUAUAGUGUGAACAUUUGAGACCAAGGGAUGGUUACGAUCAAAGCACUAAGUGCCAGAAUAGAAAUAACUUUAACUAAGCCAUGACCAGAAAAAUGUCCAAUAUUAUCUUAUAAAUGUACCAAUCAACAUGCGAUACAGCCUGUACUGUGAGUAGGGAGUGGUAGGCAAUUUUAGACACAAUCUUUCUUUUCUUUGAGUUCUUUUCUGCUUUCUUCUCAAUCUACCUAGCUGAAAAGCUUGAUGCUUGCCUUGUGUCUUUCUGUGUACUAUAUACACUCAGUGACCAAAAAAACACCACUGUUUAGUACCACCUUGAACCACUUUUGGCCCUUACAAGAGCAAGAGACAAUAAGGCUGCUAUAGCAUCUGGUAUUAAAAAUGUAGGAUUCAGGACAUGAAGCAUGGCCAGGGCAGACAUCAGGGUAUUAUGUUAGCAAACUCAUUAACAUUAUUUUACAUGAAUGUUCCUUCCCUGGUUGUUCUUGGAGUAAAACAUGAUGCAAUGUCUUUUCAAACGGAGGCAUUAUCUAUUUUACCACGUGCGCUAUUCAGCUGCUUAAGUAGAAAUAAUGGCUGGAUGUCAAAUAUGCUUUGUGUUUAUCCUCAGUGUUUUGUCCCACCAAUGCAAUUUUUUGGAUUUCCUCUGCUCUUUUCUAAUCACACGUAGAGCUAAUCAUUAUAAUAACCCCAUGAAUUUAAAACAAUGAAGUUAAAGGUCACCGUGUGAUGACGUGCGGGGAGAAAAAUCGGGGGAAUUGAAACUCUAGAAAACAGCGAGGAGGUGGGCAGAGAAAUCAAAGAAUUGGCAAAAAUUGGGCGCAUAUUUCAUCAUUUAUCAUAAUCAGAUAAUUACAUAAUAAUUUACAUAGUCUGUAAAGUAAUUAUAGAUUAUCAUCAUAUAUAUUUUCUUGCCAGAUUUGCUCAUGAAACAAGGCGAAACUAUCGCUUUAGAUCGAGUGGCUGCUGGAGCCCACAUUGAGCUUGUACAACUGCAUAGAUUAAAAUGAGCGGUACCUGUUGCAAGACAUGAAAAAAACGUGCUUGUGCUCUAGACAUGGGGAGGCUGGGAAUGAUUGAAAAGUCUGUUGCAAUAUAGGGGUGUUUGUGGGCACCAAUGUCUUCGGGUAUUAAAGGACCCAGUGUACACCAGUUGAAAGCCCAAUGUCUCCAUCAUUCAUCCACAAAGUUCUGCCUCCCACUGUGCAGUCUUGACCAUGACCAUAACUUUUUCAGAGUAAUAAAGGAAAUGAACAGUCUUCUGCAGGGGCAGAGGUACCAUUUCUCUGGUCACUGAGUGUAUAUUUCCUUUUUGAUAAAUGUAGAGUUUUGAAUCAAUAGAAAAUAAUUGUGGUUGUGUUUCUGCUUUCAAAAAUUGCUAAGCCAGUUUCUGUCUUGCCUUUGUAUCGAGAGAUAUUUCAAUGUGCCCAAACUGUGAGAGGGGGCAUUUGUGUUCUUGUGAACAGCAACAUGUUCAAAUGGUCAUAAAUAAAGAUAUUUGUCUUAACUCAUUAACAA